GCUGAGCGGAGUCAUGGAGUCGGAGAUAGUGAGGGCGCCGGCCCUGGAACCCGACCCCCUCGAAGCGGGAGGGAGAGGGAGAAGGGGAUCAUGGAGUCGGAGAUAGUGAGGGCGGAGAUGCUGCUGGCGCCGACGAUGGGGUUCAAGAAGGUGCAGACGGCCGACAAGUACCCCAAGGGCCAGUCCCGCGGCCGCCAGUGGAAGCACCUCCGCCACCUCCUCCAGGCCGCCGACGCCUCCUCGCUCCCCCCGGACCGCCCCAACUAUUUAAAUAUUCAGUCGCCCCCAUCCAUUUAUCCACCAAAGAGAUACUGUGACGUUACAGGUUUUGAGGCACCAUACGUGGAUCCGAGAACGAAGCUGCGCUACGCUGAUCCAGAGGUCUUUAGGCAGAUCAGAAUGCUUCCUGAAGAAUACGUCCAGAGGUACCUGGCCGUGAGGAAUGCAGCAGUUGUAUUACGGUGAUAGCAAGCUCCCUAUGUGGCUGUGUCACAGUACUUAUUCUACCAGCCAAUGUCCCGCUCUGUAAUCCGAAUGGACGCCAUCGUUUCCCUCCUAAUCGUGUUGCUGGCUCACAUGAGCAUUCUGAAUGUAGAAGCAGGGUACUGAACCCUUUGUGCAUUUCAGAGUGAUAUUUUGCAUCUGGCUACUGUCAUCAA